AUGAUCUUCGCUGCAAAAUCGCUCCUUCUCCCAGUUCCUGGAGUUCAUCGUACUUUCAUGAGUGAUAUUCCUGGUGAUUCUCCUGGCGAGAUUGUGGAAGGCCACUUUAUUGUUAUGGAUUAUAUAUCAGGACCAACAGUCGAUGAGUGUUGGGAUACUAUGGACCAAACCCAGCGAAAGUCCGUAGCUCGCCAAGUUGCUUCUAUGUUGGAAAAGAUGCAAACGACGUCCCUUCAACUACCUCCUGGACCUAUCUGGAGAACGAAUAAUCAGAAGUUUGAAGGAUUUUGGUUCACGGAUUAUGGUGCCGGUCCUUUUGGAACGCUGAAGGAUCUCGAAGACUGGUGCAAUCAUAAAAUCGAUGUCUGCAUAAAGUUCAAACAGCUGCCUGAUGAUUCUGAGAGGUUUGUCUUUCGGGACUUGGUGCUUACACAUCAAGAUAUUGCACCACGGAAUUUUAUCAUUGAUAAAGAUGGGAAGGUUUGGAUGAUCGAUUGGGGUCUAGCGGGAGUGUAUCCACCGGGGGUUGAGCAGGCUGUUCUUGAGGUCUACGCUUAUUCCUCCGAAGGUUUCCAGGAGAUGGUUUUCGCCGAGUUGACUUUGUAG